CUUAAACGUCCACUAAACCCCAAGUCCCCACCACUAAACGAACCCCUGGCGAACUUCACCUCGAACUUACAUACACCCAUUGCCAUCCUCGCUCGGAUAGCAAUAACCGCGUCGAGGUCCAAGAUGUUGUCCUUCAUAUUAAUACAGAACCGACAAGGCAAGACGCGGCUAGCGAAGUGGUACGUGCCGUACAGCGACGAGGAGAAGAUCAAGCUGAAGGGCGAGGUGCACCGGCUAGUCGCGCCGCGCGACCAAAAGUACCAGUCCAACUUCGUCGAGUUCCGCAACUACAAGAUCGUGUACCGCCGAUACGCGGGCCUCUUCUUCUGCGCCUGCGUCGACACCAACGACAACGAGCUCGCCUACCUCGAGGCCAUCCACUUCUUCGUCGAGGUCCUCGACGCCUUCUUCGGCAACGUCUGCGAGCUCGAUCUCGUCUUCAACUUCUACAAGGUCUACGCCAUUCUCGACGAGGUCUUCCUCGCCGGUGAGAUCGAAGAGACCAGUAAACAGGUCGUCCUCACCCGCCUCGAGCACCUCGAUAAGCUCGAGUAGCACGUUUCGGAUACCCGAGGAAAGAGUCUACGAAGUGUUUCCAGAGGGGUACCUAGAGGAAGGCGAACAUGCAGAGAAUUCUUGUGUAUAGGAUAGGUUUAGCUUGCGAAUAGCUAUUCUGCUAGGCAGAGGCGUAUGGCGUUUUGGCAAAUUUAGAAUUGGGCAGCAGGUCAUACUCUUGCGAGCACGCACACAUAUCUAUUUGAGCAUUGUUUUCUCCUGGAUCCCGGGUCGACCGUCGAAUUCAUCGCGUAAU